UCUUGGGGGACUAGAUUUUACCCUGAGCAACACACACAUUUUGGGUAAGGGCUGUCCCUGCUAAGUAGAUUUUCCUUUUGGAUUCAGAGUAUUCAGAACUGGAGCCAACUCAAGCCAGGUGGAAAUGUAAAAAUCCACAUCAAGAUCAACUCAAACUGAGUGAGGCCACGGCCAGCGAUGGAGAGUGAAAAGGAAAGAAAAUAACUGAGCAGGCAAAGCUCUGUUCCACGUUCUCUCUCCAGCUGCAGCCUUCCACGGGAGAGCACAGAAGGUAUUUGUACCAAAUGCUUCAUAAAGCCAGCCUGGGCACUCUUCUUUAAGGCCACAGUGCUCUACCUUCUAUCUUUGGGUUGUUUCUGGCGUCUUGGUUAUAGGAUGUAAAUAUCCCCCAUGGGAGAUGUGCAGGUCACCCACCUGACCAAGCCUGUGCUCCCUGGAAUCCCAGAGAUCAGAGGCCUCCUGGAAGGCAGAUGGUGCCAGGCCUGGAUGUCGGCUCCUCUCCCCGCAGCUAGAUCAGGUGGCGGCGGCACAGGCAGCUGGAAGGUGCCCACAGAAAGAAAUCGAGCACCAUGUUCAGAAAGAUCCACUCCAUCUUUAACUCCAGCCCGCAGAGAAAGGCGGCAGCUGAGAGCCCCUUCUACGAAGGAGCCAGCCCCACGGUGAAGCUGAUUCGAAGCAGCUCCAUGUAUGUUGUCGGGGACCACGGGGAGAAAUUCAGCGAGUCCUUAAAGAAGUACAAAAGCAGCAGCAGCAUGGACACCAGCCUGUACUACCUGCGGCAGGAAGAGGACCGGGCGUGGAUGUACUCCCGCACCCAGGACUGCCUGCAGUACCUGCAGGAGCUGCUGGCCUUGCGCAAAAAGUAUCUCAGCAGCUUCAGUGAUCUGAAGCCCCGCCGCGCGCAGGGCACCUCCUCAACCUCCUCCAAAUCCUCCAAGGGAGGGAAAAAGACCCCUCUCCAGUCUACUCCCAAAGAAAUAAAGAAAGCAACUGCAAAGAAAUACUCGCAGUUCAGCGCUGAUGUGGCCGAGGCCAUUGCUUUCUUUGACUCCAUCAUUGCAGAGCUGGAUACAGAGAGACGGCCCCGGACUGCCGAGGCCAGCCCGCCAAAUGAAGAUGUGGACUUUGAUGUGGCCACCAGCUCCCGGGAGCACAGCUUGCAUUCUAACUGGAUCCUGCGGGCGCCGCGCAGACACUCUGAGGACAUUGCUGCUCGCACUGUGCACACUGUAGACGGCCCGUUUCGAAGGAGUGCCGAGCGCAGGACCGUGGGCACUCAGAGGAGACUCGAGAGGCACCCCAUUUAUUUGCCCAAGGCUGUGGAAGGGGCCUUCAACACCUGGAAAUUUAAGCCCAAAACCUGCAAAAAAGACCUGGGGAGCUCCAGACAGAUCCUUUUCAACUUCUCAGGAGAAGAUACAGAGUGGGAUGCAGAGCUCUUUGCGUUGGAGCCCCAGGUGUCUCCUGGGGAGGACUAUUAUGAGACAGAGAACCCCAAAGGGCAGUGGCUGCUUCGAGAAAGACUCUGGGAGCGGACGGUGCCCUGACUCCAUCUGGAUUCCUUGAUGUAUCUUAGGCUGGGUCGUGGAGAAGCCGUCUCCUUUCAACACAGCAUCAGGUGUUUGGUAGAGUUGAAAACGCAACUUGUAACACAGUCAAACCCCUCAGCACACUGCCUGCUGGUGCUGCACUAGUGCCAAACAGACCCGUGGUUUCCCAGGGGACAGGUCUCAGGACACUCUCAGAGCCUGAGUUUCUCUGCGUGGGCUGGUGAGCAGGGACUUACAGCCUGCCUGGUCUUCAAGAGCUAAAGAAAUGGAAGGUCUUGAGUGGAGUGUCUCGCUCGCUCCCCUGACCUCAGCCAGCUCUACUUGGCCUGGUCCUCAUUCUCCAGGUGUCUGUCCAGGUGGCUGCUAGCGAUGUGCUCAGUACUGGAAAAAAACUCACCUGUAGAUUUCUGGGCCAAAGCUUCAAAGAGGUAGCUCCUCUUUCUAUGAGGCUCAGAGACACACUGGAUCUGCACUGAGGUUGCCUUCUUGUGUGCAGAAUGCAGGUGAGAAGCAGCUCCCUUUGCUCUCUUUCCAGAGUUUUCCAGAAAAUCCUGCUGCAUUAGGCUAAGAUGAGGCUAAUGACCUGGCAAUGGGGUGAGGGAAGGGGUAUGCUGGGGCCUGCCUGGGGACCACACUAUUUCCUCUGGCCCAAAAGCUCAGCUCCCCUUCCCGCAGGCAAUUGGCUGGUGAAGAAGGGAGAUGAGGUGAAUCUUUUUUUUUUCUACUAAUUCUUACCCAGAAAAAUCUUUUUAAGUAUCCAUGGAACCAGUUAUGACAGGCCACACCUUUCUCUUUCCCCAGUUAAGAGAACAAUCAGAAUCAUUAUAUUCUGCUGGCAUAGAAAGGAUUUCUGUAUUUCAGGAACCAUCUGAAUCAGAAUUACAUUUAAAAUAUAUUCUUUGUAUUUCUAAAUACUUUUUGCAUUUUUGCAUAUAGUUGUGCCCAUUUAAGCUUGAGAACCACUGGUGUGGAGAAUAUACUGAACUUUAUCCAUUCUUACUGCUUUUUUUUUUUGCAUUUUCUUAUAAACCAGUCUGUGGGUGUACAAGGGCCUUUGGGCAGAAGGGAAGGAGAGAGACAAAAAAAAAAAAAAAAAAAAACCAAAUCAUUUAUUUGAAUUAAGCCAAGAAUAUUCUAGGCUAAGGUCACUCGAAGAACUGAACAGAGCCUUCCUUUCCGCCAUGACUGUGGGAUGAUAUUCUUAUUGUUCCAUUUUUUAGGAAGAACCUUUUAUUUAUGUGAACCUGAUUAUAUGAAUCUAAGGCUAUGUAACUCUUAGAAGAAAAGACAGCUACUAAUUACUGGAAAUGUUUUAAUACUUCUCUUUAUUAUUGUUCAAGUGCCAAUGUCACUGUUUGGAAGGUUUCUUUCAUUUUGUUGCUUGUACUAACCCAACUAUAGCCAGAAGCUUGAUUGGAAAAUAAACAUUUAGGAGAUUUGUUUUAUAAACUGCAUUAAAGCCCUGUCGUUUACCACCAUAGAUCUUUCUUUUCUCCAAAUGUGGCCUUGUUUGAAGCCUCAUCUAGAAAAGUUCACUGUUGGGGAUAAAAUCAGGAUAAAAGUGUCUUUACUCUGCCUCUUAUCUAACUACAGUUUAUCAUAGAUACACCCUGAAAUUACGUGGUGAAGACACUGUGUACAGUUUGUCUUUACAGAUAAGAAAAAAUAAACAUGACUGAGAGGAUGUUUCAGUCCUGAUUUUUUUAAAGCAUUCAUUGCUUAUGGGACCUGAAGCUGUGCCAUCUUAUUUUGCUUUGUUUUGUAUUUUUUUUUUUUUUUGUCUUUCAAGAGAUUAUACAUAGAGAGCAUGAAAAAUUCCAUGAUUGGGAAAGAGAAGGGUAUCUUGUCUUUGGGGAUAAUUUUUAGGUGUUUGAAGUUGGUGAUAAACCGAAGGAUCUGGGCUCUGCCUGGGGAAUCUUGAGAUGGUGUCUGCUGGGGUUUGAGAUAGAUCAAAUCUGAAACAAUAAAAGUCAGUUCAGAAAACCCA